GGAGAAGUAUUAACCUUCUCAACCUGAUGUCACUGUAAUAAAUUCUAGUUGUUUCCGAGGCAAGCUCUUAAUUUUUUCCUCUUCUGUUGCAGUGGACAGGUAAACCUUCUGACAAAGGUGGAUUUUUUUUGGUGGAAACCGUAUUUUCGGAGUAACAGAUUCUGGUUUAAAAUUGAGACAACCAAUAUUAAAUUUACAUGCCAGUGAAUAUAGAAAUUCAAGUGUUGAAGAUGUGAAGUCUCUGACAGAACACUGUUGCUCUUUGUUUUGGCACCAAAUGUUUUUAACUCGGUGCCAUCUAAAGCCCAAAGAAACUAUGAAAUGUCUCACUGACUGAGGCUACGUAGGAGGAGGAGCAGGAUGGACGUGCUGCGGCCCCCCCUGAUAAGGAUCGGGGGGCGAGUGUACCGGAAAAAUCUCAUCCAGGAGCAGGCCCUGCCACACGAGGAGGAGGAGGAGGACUUGUGUGCAGGUCCCGGUGACGUGGACGAACCCUGCGAUGCCUUUGUGGUGGAGGAGACUGAGCGAGGCUUCCAGUGCCGGGUGGAGGUUCCCAGCCCCUUAUACAAGUACAUCAUUGGGAAGAAAGGGGAAACCAAGAAGAGGCUAGAAACAGAGACUCGAACCUCCAUCAGCAUUCCCAAGCCUGGAGUGGAAGGAGAAAUUGUGAUCACGGGGCAGCAGCGGAGCGGUGUGGUCUCAGCCCGGACGCGGAUCGAUGUGCUCCUGGACAGCUUCCGCAAGAAACAGCCCUUCACACACUUCCUAUCCUUUGCUCUCAACCAGCCUGCCAUCCAGGAGAAGUUCCUGCAGUUCAAGGAGGAGGUUCUGGAGAAGUGCUCAAAGGAUCACGGGGUCAGCAGCAGCCUGUUCCAGAACCCUGCCAAGCUUCACCUGACUCUUGGGACGCUGGUGCUCCUGAACCAACAAGAGAUCCAGAAAGCGUGUGACCUCCUGCAGAGAUGCAAAGAGGACUUUGUGGACCAAAUUACUGGAGGCCAGCCCCUGACUGUGGAGGUGGCAGGAGUAGAGUACAUGAACGAUGACCCCACCAUGACAGAUGUCCUUUAUGCCAAAGUCCACAUGAAGGAUGGCUCAGACAGACUGCAGAUGGUCGCUGAUCAGCUGGUGGAGCGGUUUGUGGCCUCUGGCCUGAUGCUUAAAGAAUGGGAUAGGGUGAAGCUGCAUGCCACAGUCAUGAACACUCUCUUCAGGAAAGAUCCAACUGAAGAACGAAACAACACAAUGACUGGUAAAUCAUCUUUCAAGGAGCGGGAGUCAUUUAAUGGCCAAAAUAUCCUCAAGCUCUUUGAGAAUUUCCACUUCGGGGAGGUGCAGCUGGACUCGGUGCUUCUCUCCCAGAGGUUCUCCUCGGAUGCCUCUGGAUACUACGCAACAUCUGGGCAGCUGUGCUUCUCUUGAGCGGGUCUGCUGCGUGCAUGAGCCCUCACUGAAAGGCUUUAUGGGACAUGAAUCUUCAAUGGGAACCUGGGAACUCCAAGCUGGGAUGCUUCAUGACUCCUCCAAAGCACGGGAACCAUGGCAUUUCCCUGCAGCUUUUCCCACUGCUCUCUCCUUGGGGGCUGUCGGGGUCCUUCCUCCUCCUUUCCUCAAAAUGUCAAAAAGUUGCCUCUUUGAUGCCUGUGGAUUGCUGGUUUUCCAAGAAAACAGCUAGAACUGGGGCUUUUGGGUGUUUAAACGUGGCUUUUUUUUCAGAAGAAGGAAGUUUGUUCUUAAAAGAAGUAUUUAAAAUCCAGGAGAGCUUCCCCAGAGCACGAUUUAACGAUAUUGAGGUCAGGCAUUGCUUGGAUCUCCAGCAGCGUGCCUGUGUGAUGUAGAUCUCCAAAUAAAUUAAUUCCCU